AUGGCUAUUAAGACGCCGAAGCAGACUGUGUACAAGUGUCCUUACCCAGAUUGUGGAAAGACCUUCACACGCCCCUACAACCUCAAAUCCCACUACCGCUCGCACACGGGCGAACGCCCCUUCGUCUGCGCCCACUGCCCCGCCACCUUCUCCCGCAAACACGACCUCAAACGCCACGCCAAACUGCACGCGGGCCUCAAACCGCACGUCUGCGCCGCCUGUAAAAAGGCCUUUGCGAGGUCGGACGCCCUCAGACGGCAUCUAAGGGGACCGAGAGAGAAUGCGUGUGCGAUUAAGAUUAGACAGAUGCAGACGGCUAAGAUGGAGAAGAGGGCGGCGGCUGCUGCUGCUGCCGCUGCUGCUGCUGAUGGCGGGUUAACUACAGCCGAUCAGAAUCACGACGACGAUGACCAUGUGAAAGACGAAGCGAUGGAUAAUGGAGACGCGGACGAUGAUGAGACGGAUAAUGAGGCGGAGGAGGAGGAGGAGGAGGAGGAUAUGUCGCCUGGUGCGGACCAGGCGUCGUUUGUGCACAAGUCGGAUCGCAUGGGUGGGGAGAAUGAUGGUGGUGGUGGCAGCGCGGCGUUGGUUCCGUCUGUGAUUGUGACGUGA